UCCCGCAUCUGCCCCGGCAGGCUGUGUCCGCAUCUGCCCCGGCAGGCUGUGUCCGCAUCUGCCCCGGCAGGCUGCUCCCGCAGCUCGGUCCCGCCGCCGCCGCCGGGCUCCGCCGCUCCCAGCGCAGCGCUCACGAUCUGCACACCAGCAGCAGGGACCAGCAAUCCCCCUUGUCCUUGCUUAACUCCGUGCAGGAGCAGAACUCCGCCGGCUGAUCCCACCGGGCGGGCUGGCAUGGCUGUGCUCCACCUGCACCUGUACCUCACAGCCUUGGGCUGCUGGCUGACACAGCUGUCCAGCUCCUUCCUGCUGCCCAACGCCACCGAGCUGCUGUCCCCGGCCGCGGGCUCGGCCGCGGGGCUGCUGAGGGGCGAGGGGCUCCCGCGGGGCCGGCGGAAGCGAUUCCUUUCCCCCCACGACAUGAGUGUCAUCCUGGACUUCCAUAACCAAGUGCGGGCACAGGUGUCCCCCCCCGCUGCCAAUAUGGAAUACAUGGUGUGGGAUGAGCGGCUGGCCAGGGCAGCGGAGGCGUGGGCUGCGCGCUGCCUGUGGGACCACGGCCCCCCCGAGCUGAUGAAGUAUGUGGGACAGAACCUCUCCAUCCAAUCGGGCAGGUACCGCUCCAUCAUGGACAUGGUGAAAUCCUGGCACCAGGAGAAGCAGCACUACUCCUUCCCCCACCCCCGUGAGUGCAACCCCCGCUGCCCCUCCAAAUGCAGCGGCUCUGUCUGCAGCCACUACACGCAGAUGGUGUGGGCAACCUCGAGCCGCCUGGGCUGUGCCCUCGGCACCUGUGCCAACGUGCAGGUGUGGGGCAGCACGUGGCGUCACGCCAUCCUCCUGGUCUGCAACUAUGCCAUCAAGGGCAACUGGCUGGGAGAAGCGCCCUACAAGGUGGGGCGGCCGUGCUCAGCCUGCCCUCCCACCUACGGCGGGGGCUGCUCCAACAACAUGUGCUUCAGCGGAGUCAAAUCCAACCAAGUCAGCUGGUUCUAGGGCUGCAGCCCCAGGAGGAGCCCUGGGAAUGGAGAUGGGGUGAACAAGAAUUAUUUAUAACAUUGACCCCCCCGGCAGCCUGGCUGUCCAACCUGCUUCAUCCUAAUGCCACGUAGGAAAAUGCUUUUCUAACACAUGUCUCCAGCAGUGCUGUCUGGCUGCUUCCCGCUUUGGGGGAACUACGGACAGUCCAGGUCCCUAUUUUCUGACAUGGGGAUGGUUUAGGGGUGCGUGGAGGGAGUGGGACUGGCUGGCAUGUCCCUGCUCUGCAGACUCAGGGGGUUUUCCCCACUGCCCCCCCGGUGCUAAGGCAGAGGCUGGUGUAAGUGAAUACCAAGAUGUUCCCCUCGUGGUGAGCAGCUGGGUAAGUGGGGAGCCCCAAGCAUGCUCCUGCUUCACAGUAGCCCCUCUGACUGUGGGGCCCCCAGCUCUGAGUCCCCCAAUAAAGCAGCCUGGAGACCCCCA